AUGGAGAGAGGAAACCUACCCUUAGAGAUUGUUGCGCUGGUCGCAGAGUACCUGAAUCUCGCCGACCUGAUCCUCCUGCAAAGGGUGUCUCGGCAAUGGCACCGGGUUCUUUCAUCUUUCAUGGUACAAAGCGCUGCAAUCCGAGCCACCGUGGGAGGCGACAUCGUUGUAUCAGAUUGCAAGGCCGCGAUUCAGAAAAGACUGCGGCUGGAACGAGGCAAACCAUAUAAGCAGGUCUCGCUGCCUUCUCCGUUAGAUGCGGAGCACAACACAUUCAUCCACCCUGGCAUGUUGGGGUAUUCAAAUGGCAUCCUUGCUUGGUUAGAAGGAGAGACCGACCUAAGAUCUAUCGCCAUAUUUCAUCUACGGACUGGCAAAACCGAUCGACUAGCCACGGAAAAUCGAGACCAGCUCAUGGAGCUGAAAAUCUCCAGAUCAUUAAUCGCUGUGAUGUCGAGGCGGGGAUAUUGCCACAUCUGGGAUAUCCACACUCAUGAACACCAGGCCUUUCGAUUGCCGUCUAAUGAUUUUUCUUAUUUCGUGGUGAGUGAUCGCAAGGUGGCCUUCGAUUACCGGGAGUACAUCAUCCACUGGGCGUGGGACUCGGCCAUUGCUCGAAGGAUUCCUAUCAAGACAGGCAUCCUCCUGCUAGCGCUUCACCCUUCCGAAGACAAGUUCACGGUCGUCCGUGUCGGCGAUAAAGUCUACCGUGGCGACAGGCUGGUGAUGGUGAAUGAUGACGAUACCUGUCAUGUAUAUACUGAAAAGUAUACAAUCAACAACGCCAACGAGUUUCAUUGCUCCCAUUCACAGAAUCAUCAAAUUCCACUGAUUCGCGGUGAAAUAUGGCAGACACAGCCUGCACAAGAGAUCUAUGAGGGCCAAACCAGUACCCUGCUCCUAAAAAUGGGCACAGCCGACACCCAGUCAAAACGGUACUUUUCUCUGCAAGGCGAUGAGGUCAUUUGCCAUGAGAUGCUUCCUCGUCCUACGAUAUCCAACGCUUUUUGUGUGGGCCAGGACCUGAUCUACGCCCCCGUUGAGAGGCUGGGUGCCACAUACAGUGACAGGUUGGCGAUAAUGAAGUCCAAAGGCAAGAGAUCUGCAUCCCCAGCAAACGCAAUGGGCGAGUGCCAGCAUUUAGCGGAGCGACAUGCAAUUAUCAGCUCUUGUAUCCGAGUGCUUGGGGAUAGCGACUUUGUGAUCUUCGCCGAUCUUCGGUCAUUGGUGAUCUGGGGAUUUGAUGAAACAUGGCAGCCUGCAUCGUGGCCCUGA